AUGCUACAGAAAGCUUCGCCAACUCACGAAGACGUGAAAUAUUCGAUGUACGGCCAGGGCAUAUCAUGCACAGCCGCAUCCCGUUCCUCUGCACCGACCCUCGUUCGCGAAUGUUCACGUCUCCGAGAGCACGCUCGCGUCGAGACCAUAUUCUCGCACCUCCCUGUUGAGCUGGUCAGGAUCGUGUUCCUGUUCUGCAUCCCUGAUGCACCAUUCGUGACGUAUCAUCGGCGCGAGGCACCACUCAAUAUCUCGGGCGUCUGUCGCUUCUGGCGCGCCGUCGCGCUCGCGACUCCAGAGCUAUGGUCGAGCCUGCGGCCUUGCAUGACAUUCCGUGAGAGCACGCGCACCGCAGCCGAUACAAUCGGAUCGUGGCUGUUGCGCUCUGCCCCCCACCCCUUCCGCCUGGCUCUGGCCUUCGACAAAGUCGACCUGCCGAGCGAGUGCGGGCUCGAAAUCAUCGCACCGACGUACUCUCUAGGGCACGUCGAAGGGCUCUCCGCGCGCCUGUCGUCUUUCUCGCUUUCGCUGCGGGCGGAGGAUCUCGAGGGUGCGCACGAGCAGCUGCGGUUUCUCGAUGGAGAUGCCGAACGCCUCGAACACCUCUGUAUCACCGCGUGUUCGAGCCCCGCGUCGUCGUUCACGUCUCCACCGCUGUCGAAGCUGCAGACGUUCCGCUCCAUGCCCCGCCUGCGCUCCUUCACGCUCCGCACCGACGUAGCCUUCCGCGCGUCGUCCUUCGACGUACCCUGGGCCCAGCUGACGGAACUGACCCUCUGUCGGCACGCGCCAGCCGUCCCUCUGUAUUCGCGGUGGACGAAAACGCACAACGCCGACGUCCUCGCCGUCCUCCGCUCCUGCCCUCUCCUCAUCUCCUGCACAGUCUACCUGCGCGCCGACUCAGACGCACUCCGCACACCCGCGCCGACGGUGCAUCUGCCGCACCUACGGACGCUGCGCCUCGACGUGGACGCUGUUCUUGGCGCCAGCUCCGCCGCGACGGUCGACGGCGCGGUGUUCGACGCGCUGCGGGCCCCCGCGCUCGAGGCGCUGCGGGUGUGCGGGCCUGUGAGCGGCGCGCGCGGGGUCGUGUGGCCCACGGCGGAGUUUGCGGCGCUGCUCGCGCGCUGUGCGGGCUCGCUGCGUGGGGUCGCGCUGGAGCGCGUUCCGCUCGGUGAGCGGGAGCUGCGCGGUAUACGCGAGAGUGUGCGAGUCGUGGUUGAGCUGUGUGGGCGGUCCGAUUGGGUCGUGCGUGUCUAG